AGUUCGACGCCGUCACAUCAGCGUUUUUUCUCUUUCUUUCUCUCAGCAGGGUAACUUUUUCUUGUUUUACAGUUCAUAGACUUCGUUUCCAGAGCAUCUUCGUUUUGCUGUUGCUCUUCUUCCUACCCUCUUUACUGGCCAUAAUCGCUGUCUCUGUCCCAAGAAACUGCGCGAACCGACAACAUACCUGCAGUCGACGCCGCAUCUUGCUCCCCCUUUUUUUUUUGGCUUCAUACAGAACUCUUUAGACCUGCGUAGACCCACCACUAUUUGGUACCUCGAACCAGCCAGCCAAUCCAAGAAAAAGGAAACAAGCAAACAAUGCCUCCUAAGCCCGCGCAGGAUUUCUUCUCGCUCGACGCGAAUGCACAGCGCGAGGCACUCAUCAUUAUUAAGAAGCUUCAGGGCAAGAUUCUCUACAGCGACAAAUACUACGACGACAACUACGAGUACCGUCAUGUAAUUCUGCCGAAGGAUCUCUCCAGGCUGGUGCCCACGAAUCGUCUCAUGAGCGAGUCGGAGUGGCGCCAGCUAGGCGUACAGCAGUCACAGGGUUGGGUGCAUUACAUGAUUCACAAGCCGGAGCCGCACGUGCUUCUCUUCAAGCGCCCGCGCACUGCGUAA